AUGGCGACCAGAGUGCAGAUGCAGCAGAGUAAUAACCCGACGGACUAUCGCAUGUACCAGGCCCCGUCGCGCAGACCCGUUGGGAGUAACCCUCACCACGCCGGACUGCAGUUUCAGCAGCCGUCGUCCGAGACUUCCUCUCCUUCACGGCGACUUGCCCCGAACUUCGACCACCUCCAAUCCCACACACGAACUCGCACAACCUCGUCGACUGUGUUGCCGUACGUCGGAAAUUCUCAGCAUCCUAAGCAUCAACAUCAUCAGCAUAUUUUCCACCGUCAAUCGCAUCAGCAGCACGCGCAACAACCUGCCUCUUCCGCGGGGCCCGUCCCCACACGCAGUUCCUCGAAUGCUACAACUUCAACCUCAUCAACUGGCGGCAAUCAACGACUAACCCAAACAAUGUCUACUGUAUCCUCCGCCGAUAUCCAUCGCAGCGGCUCUUCGCGCUCAACCACCGUCCCGCUGAGUUAUGUCGCUCUCAUGAGGCGGCAAAAGGGUACCGUAUGGUGCGACCGCGCACAACCCGAAGAUCCGCGUCUACAAGCCCAAAAGCGAGCGGCGAAGCAACGAGCUUACAUGGAAUUGCACGGUCAUUCAGGCCGCUCCAGCACUUUUGCCAGUGGGAAGAUUCGUCAUAGCGGCAAAACGGCGCCUACGUAUUCGCCAUCGACGCUGGUUGGUGCUAUCGUUCCUCCACGGCUUAGUGCGAAUGAGAUUGGCGACGAUGAUGGAGAUGAUCAUUCCAGCGAGGGGGCUCCAUAUCAUCGUCGCACAGGAAGUGCUAGGAGUUCUCUGGGGAGCAUGCAACGUUAUCCAAGUGGUUAUCAGCGUCCGCAGGGCAAGACACCUCCCAACGAACAGGCCGACAUCCCCGAAGUUGCUGAACACCAUGCAACGGCGGCUCAUCUUGACCACAUCCCUCAGGACAGUAUCAAUACCACGUCAUCGUCAUCAUCCCAAAUCGAAGUGCCGGUCGAGGAAUAUGACACGCAUGGCGAACACGAUUUCGGAAACCUGGGUGAAAUGAACGCUCCAGCUGCCGCUAAUAUCACCAUGAACAAGGUCAAGAAGGCCGACGAUCUCCGACGCCGUGGCAGUGUCGACGACCGCACUACAAGCUUGACAGGCGUAAGACUGUUCGUCGCCAACCCUGAUGCAGACGACUAG